AUGUCGGAUCCACCCGGAAUACCCACUUUUACAACCGAAGAGCUCGAAAUAGACCCCUCAUCGAUUCAACCAAUGGGUCACGGCGGUCACAGUCUAGUCUAUAAAGUAUCCGCAAAGGGGUUUCCUACUCCAUCCGUUCUAAAGAUUUUCCGCUUCACCCACCCACCAAACCCCGCUUCCUCCACCUCCACAAUCUUCCAAUACACCCACCCCCGGGAUCCAGACUACGCAUACUUCCACUCCGAACAAUCAUCAUACACCCGUCUCCUCCCCUCCCAAACAUCACAACUCUACACCCCACAAAUCCACGCCAUAGUCACAAUUUCCCCAUCCUUCGAACCACAUAUACUAGCAAACUACAACCCAAGUCAACAUCGUAGAAGACGACAAUCCCAGCUUCGGAUCAAAGGUGAAGAUGUUAUGGAAAGAUUACCUCUGAAGGGGGUGUUAAUAGAGUAUAUACAUGGUUUGAGGUUGAGUGCGUUCCCUUAUAUCCCUACUGAGAUAUCGGAGAAGAUUGUGGAUGGGAUUAGGCAUAUACAUUCUAUGGGUGUGUUACACCGUGAUGUGAAGAAACGGAAUGUGCUCAUUGUUCCUAAUUCUACCGUAUCAUCGGUUGAUGAAGAAGUGGAGGAGGUAACUGCACGAGAUGUUAUACUAGAUGGGACGGAAAAGGUGGUUUGGAUAGAUUUUAGUAAUAGUAUAGUACUCUCUGAUUUCCGCGGUACAGAAGAAGAACAAGUUGAAAUCUUUACCCGCUCAACUGAGGCGGAGAUGAAAGAAGUUAACAAGAUGGUGGCUAAACUCGAGAGAUGA